CCGAUAGGGUUUCCGGCGACCCGCCGCCGCCGCCGUGGGCCUUCGGCUUCUUCAUGCACCCGCGCCGCCGCCGCCGCCGCCUCCCCUCUCCUUCUCCCGAUCGCGCCUCGCCUCGCCUCCCUUCUUGAUCUCUUCGGAGGGGGUUUCCGGGCGUGACACCGCCUGCCGAUUUGACCUCCCAGGGUUUCCCCGAGCGUCGCCGAUGUCGAAGCUCUUUGAGUUCACUGGAGAUGGUGAUUUUUGCCCUGGGGGGUCACUUUACCCGAAUCCCAAGGAAACGAGUCUCUUUUUGUCCCUUGGUCGUCAUGUGGAUGUUUAUUUCCCUGCCUGUAAGAGGUCUCGUGUCAGUGCCCCGUUUGUUAUCAGUGGAGACCAGCUCAAGCAGAAAAAGAAGGCCUCGAUCAAUGUUCUUCCAGACGAGUGUCUCUUUGAGAUCUUCAGAAGGUUGCCUGCAGGCCAGGAGAGGAGUGCCUGUGCAUGUGUUUCAAAGCGCUGGCUUCUGCUUAUGAGCAAUAUCCGUGGCGACGAACUAUGUUGCAACGAAGCCACCCUGCCUUUGAAGCGGGAGGAUAACCCUGCUCCAAUAAAUGGUCAAGAUGAAGAAGUAUCAGGGGAUGAACCUCCUGUCAAAAAGGAUGAUGGAUACCUCUCAAGGGUCCUGGAAGGGAAAAAGGCCACUGAUGUCCGUCUUGCUGCGAUUGCUGUGGGAACUUCUGGUCACGGGGGACUAGGCAAGCUAUUGAUUCGUGGAAACAAUUCUAUUCGUGGAGUAACAGAUCUUGGUUUGAGGGCUGUUGCACGUGGCUGCCCUUCACUCAAGGUUCUUUCUAUCUGGAAUGUUUCUUCCGUGGGAGAUGAAGGUUUGAUUGAGAUUGCUAAUGGUUGUCGGCAGCUUGAAAAGCUUGAACUUUGCCAUUGCAAUGCAGUUUCUGACAAGGCUUUGAUUUCGCUUGCAAAAAACUGUCGUCAGUUGACUGAUAUAAGCAUCGACUCUUGUUCAAGCCUUCGCAAUGAAGGUCUUCAAGCUAUUGGUCAAAACUGCCCCAAUCUGAAGUCCAUUUCUAUCAACAACUGUCCCCAUGUUGGAGAUCAAGGCAUUGCGAGUCUCUUAUCCAACGCUUCUUGUGUCUUGACAAAAGUGAAGCUCCAGACACUCCAAGUGACCGAUUUGUCUCUCGCUGUCAUUGGACACUAUGGCAAGGCAGUUACUGACUUGAUCCUUGCCAACCUUCAGAAUGUGAGUGAAAGGGGCUUCUGGGGCAUGGGCAAGGGUCAUGGCUUGCAGAAAUUGAGGUCCUUUGCUGUCGCAUCUUGCCAGGGCAUGACAGACUUGGCACUUAAAGAGUUGGGCAAAGGCUGCCCAAAUCUUAAGCAGCUUUGUGUCCAUAAAUGUGCAUUCUUAUCUGACAGUGGACUAGACUCUUUUGCAAAGGCAGCCCUAUCACUUGAAAGGCUGCAACUGGAGGAGUGCCACCGGAUCACACAGUCUGGGCUUUUCGCUGUACUCGCUAUUUGUGGUGAUAAGUUGAAGUCCCUCACCUUGGUGCACUGCUUGGGAAUGAAGGACUUAAGUAUGGGAUCACCAAUGCUUUCUCCUUGCAAAUCUCUGCGGUCACUGUCUAUCCGUCACUGCCCAGGGUUUGGUGACAUUAGCUUAGUCAUGCUGGCGAAGUUGUGCCCCAAUCUGCGGCAUGUAGAUCUGAGCGGCCUUCAAGGUAUAACAGAUGCAGGUUUCGUGCCACUGCUUGAGAACUGUGAUGGUGGUCUCGUGAAAAUUAAGAUAAGUGGAUGCACUAAUCUGACCGACAAAGCAGUUUCAGCCAUUGCUGAGAUGCAUGGUUGGACGCUUGAGGUGCUGAAUCUUGAGGGUUGUCGGAAGGUUGGAAACACAAGCUUGGUGGCAAUUGCGGAAAACUGUCCAUUGCUGAACGACCUUGAUGUCUCUCUUUGUGCAGUUACAGACUUUGGUGUAGCUGCAUUGGGUCGUGCAGACCAGCUCAAUUUGCAGAUACUUUCUAUAUCUGGCUGUACUCAGAUAUCAGAGAAGUGCUUGCCUGCUUUGAGGAGAUUGGGCCAGUCACUUGUAGGUUUGAAUCUCCAGCACUGCAGUGGAAUCAGCAAAAAAUCGGUGGACCUGCUUGUGGAGCAGCUUUGGAGGUGUGACAUCCUUCAUUAAGCAGCGAAGGUGACUAGUCACUCACUGAGCUAGUGUCACAAAUGCUCAGAGUGGGAUGGGUCACGGAGUUCUCUAUUACAGUCAGAGUUGGCUCUUGUGAGUAGCAGCAUCAGUGUAGUUUUUGGGUCCAUAGGAUAUGGGUCUUUCGAGUCAUUGGGAACUUGGCCCCUUUUCCAGGGGAUUCGGCCGAGCAUGCUCUCCUUUUUUUUGCAGGUUUCUCAAACCUGUUCCUAGCUUUUUGGCUUCUAAUGGGGGUGUCAAAGUUCGGCCAGAUUUCCCUGAGAUACAGUAAUCAGGUUCUCUUAGGUUAAAUUUUUUUUUUUCGAUGAUGUCGGGAUUGGCAACUGGUGUUUGAGCUCAGCUUCAUGUCGUAUUUGUCCUGAGCUUUCUCGCCAUUAGUCUACUUGCAUUGUGUUGCCUGUUGAUUGCUGGUGUUUGAAGUCCGUCGGGUUUUUGAUAACCCUUGUUGGGGGAGUCGCUACUUGACGGACAGGUCUCUGUUUUCCUCAAAGGUCGGGUUAGUACUGGAAUCAUGGUCAGUUUGGCAGUUCAAAGAGUGAGGUCCUGUGUCCUUAGGCUUUGGCGGUGGCGUCUAACUGUUUAGUCUGCCACGACACUUACUUUUUUGAAGGGUGUUUUUUUUUACCAUAGCCUAGUUUUCCGGGGUCGCUCUUUUGUAAGCCGCACUGAAGUGUAUCCAAAUUGUACUACCCGACCUUUGUGUUGGAAUGCUUAUCGUUUCGUUGAAUGACAUGAAUAAGUGAUGUCUUUGUAUAUGA